AUGGGUGAUGAGGUAGAUGAGAUUAGGCUCAAGCCAACCAAAGACGGCUCGUUCGUCCGCCCUACGAGUAGCUUUCGUCACUUGAUUUCGAACGAACCAGGCUCUCGAUUCCCACCCGAGAAGAAUCGAUAUGUCCUCUAUCUCAGUCCAGGCUGUCCUUGGUCCCAUCGUGCCAUGAUCAUCAGAAGUCUCAAAGGACUCGAAGACAUGAUUGAUUUGUACAUGUGCUCGCUCCAUAUGGGCAAGGAAGGUUGGAUGUUCGAGGAUAACCCAGAAGCAGCCAAAUACGGAUCCCUCCCCAAAGACCCUCUCUACGGCUUUGAUGCUCUCAAACAGCUGUAUCUCAAGGCCAAUCCAGAUUAUCAGGGACGGUAUACCGUUCCGGUUUUGUGGGAUACAAAGACCCAUACUAUGGUGAGCAAUGAGUCUAGCGACAUUGUUAGAAUGCUCUCCACCGAGUUUGACCAUCUCCUUCCCGAGGAGCGUCGAGAGGUCAAUAGGCCCGGAGGUGGACUUUACCCAGAACAUCUACGACAAGAGAUUGAUGAUCUAAAUGAGUGGACUUACGAAACUCUCAACAACGGCGUCUACAAGACUGGCUUCGCAAUGUCACAAACUUCCUACGAAGAAAACGUCGACAAAGUCUUCAAGUCUCUCGAUCGUCUGGAAAGAGUCCUUGACAAGGGCCCAUUUCUGCUGGGGGAUCAUAUCACUGAAGCAGAUAUUCGAGUGUAUCCCACCAUUCUUCGCUUCGAUGUCGCUUACGUCCCGAUUUUCAUGUGUAAUUUAGGCACCAUCCGGGACCACUAUCCCAACUUGCACUUGUGGAUGAGGAGACUCUAUUGGGAUGAUAGUGACAGGACUUAUGGGUCGUUUAGGAAUACGGCUUCUACUUGGAUAGAUCAGUACAAGAUUUUGUAUUCAAAGUCGAGGCGUCGAGUCUUGGGGUUGAAGGAUCUUGAUAUUGUUCCUAGGGGACCUUUGGUUUCGAUUCAUGAGUUGAAAGAUGGAGAAGCGUUGGACUAG